AUGCUGAAGACGACGACGUUUAAGGGAGCCAAUGUCUUCAUGUCGCGGAACCUGGUCCCGCCCGAGAUCUUCGACGCGCUUCACGAUGCUCUCAAGCUCAAUGGAGCGAAUGUCUUCCUCUGUUGCGACCCCUCGCGAACCGGGCCGGACGACUACCACGUCAUCGCUUCCUCCGAUCACGAAAAGUUUGAGGAUCUUAGAGCCAAGGGCUGUAAUUUGCUCGGCCCUCAAUGCGUGUUUUCUUGUGCAAACCAGCACAGGGCUCUGCCUAAACAAGGGUUUACUUGUUGCCUUGCAAUGGAUGGUUUCAAAGUACUUGCCUCUGGUUUUGAGGGAGACGAAAAGGUUAAGAUAGAGAAGUUAGUAACAGCAAUGGGGGGAGUUUUGCAUGCUAAAGCAUCUUUGGAUGUUAACUUUGUUAUUGUGAAAAAUGUCUUGGCUGGAAAAUACAAGUGGGCCUUGAAUACAUUAAAGAAGCCAAUUGUCACUAUUAAUUGGUUAUCUCAGUGCUGGAAUGAGCAUCGUAAUGUUCCUCAAGACUCCUUUAGGGUUCUUCCUUUUUCUGGUUUGAUGAUCUCUGUAACCAGAAUUCCAGCAGAUGAGCGAAAGGAGAUUGAAAAGCUUAUCACAGAAAAUGGUGGAAAGUAUUCUGCUGAACUUACAAAGAACAAGGAAUUGGAAUCAUAUGUGUACUUUUCUAUGUCAGACCUGCAUAACACAAGCAGACUUCAACUUAAUGAAGCAAACCUUGAAAUAUUUAUGUUUUUUCCAGAAGGUGACAAAUACAAGGUUGCACAAAGAUGGGGCCACAUUCGUAUUGUAACUCGGAAAUGGUUUGAUCAAUCUAUUUCUAGAAGAGCUUGUCUUAAUGAGGACUCCUAUCCUGUUCAAGGUGGUUCUAUAUCUUCAAAUAAAAGUGUAAGGGGUUGCUUUACUUUGCAGAAUAGCCAAAGGAGCAGUAGUGGGAACUUGCAAUCUGUGCCACCAUCGGUGGUUGCAGAUUCGAAUUUGACAGCUGCUCCUUGUUCUGGGACCAUGGAUUCUGAUUUAGAAGCUACUGUCUCACAAAACAUGACCACUAUGUUUUCUCAUGCUCCUCAUGUUGUGAAAAAUGAGGAUAGUAAAGCACCUCCCUUGGAGUCCAAAAGUGAAACUUACCUUGAUGGUUGCGUUGCUGAUGAUUCUCAGUCUGAAGACAAUGACCUGUACUUGUCAGAAUGUAGAAUAUCUCUUGUUGGCUUUAAGGCUUCUGAAAUGCGUAGGUUGGUUAAUAUGAUUCGCAGAGGUGGGGGUUCCCGAUACAUGUCAUUCAAUGAUAAGUUAACACACAUAGUAGUUGGAACUCCUUCAGAAAUCCAAAAGAAAGAAGUGAGGGGUUUUGCUGCUUUAGGCGUAAUUCAUGUUGUUAGAACUACCUGGCUUGAAGACUGUGAUCGUGAGAAAAAGGAGAUCCCUGUUCUCCCAAAGCACAUUGCCUAUGAUCUAGUUCUGCCUGAAGGAGCACUGAUAGGUAUGACUAGCACGAUUCAAGGUACAAUCUCUACCACUCAUCUAAGCAUACCUUCUGAUCAGUUACAUGGGAAUAUGAGUGCUGCACCUGGAAUGGGAUCGUUGGAGAAAAAGAGAGAAAAGAAACCAGAAAUUAACAUGAAAGGUGACAAAUCCAUGGAAGCAGCUGUUGGACCAUCCAAAUGGAGUAAACUACCUGUCAUAAAUGGCAAAAGUAAGGUUCAGUUAAACAAUACAAUUGACGGUCGCCUGAUGAUGCAAUAUGAUUCAAGUGUUCAAAAUGGCAAGGAAUCAUCUGUCUUUAAGGGGAGAUUAUUUUGCUUUUCGAAUUCCUUUCCCGAAGAUAGGAGAGGUGAUAUCAUUCAAUGGGUAAAUCAAGGAGGAGGAGAUGUAGUUGAUGGUCAUUUAAAACAGAAAGUGCACUUCACUAUUGAGUGUCAUGGUGUGAUAACUAGUUCUGUGGAUGUUGCUCAAACUACAUACGUAUCAAGUCACUGGAUCCGGUCUUGUUUGGAGGACGGGUGCUUGCUGGAUGUUAGUAGUCACAUUUUAUAUGCUCCACUUCCCUGCCGGAUUCCUUUGCCUGGAUUUGAAAAUUUUCGGUUUUGUGUUUCGCAAUAUGAAGAGAAAGACAGACUGUUACUAAGAAAUUUGUGUUUUGUACUUGGAGCUAAAUUUGGGGAAAAGCUGACAAAGAAGGUUACCCAUUUACUAUGCAAGUUUACCAAUGGACCAAAGUAUCAGGCUGCUUGUAUAAAGGGGAUACACCCAAUUACAGCUGAGUGGGUAUAUGAGUGUGUGAAGAAGAAUAAAGUCGUUGCUCUUGACCAAUUUUAUCCAAAAAAAGUCACUGCUGAAGAUCGAGAGGCAGGGCUGUGUACUAUGAGUCAGUAUCCUACACAAGCUGUUCAAAUGAUAUCUGCAGGCAAUUCAUCUGAGUGUCCAAGUCAAUCACAAGACCUGAGAACCUCAUCAGGAGAAAACAUUGGCAGUAGAAAUGACAGCCCCAGGGAAGAGGCCAGCGAACCAAGUUUUUGCAAUAAGAAGGCAAGGGUUUCAGAAGAUGAUGGCGAAAAGGGUCUACUUUCAUCUGGGGUACAUUUACGUAUUCCUGCCUGUACCACUGGAGACAGAAAAGUAAAAAGUUCUGGUGAAGUUUCUCAAGUGGUUCCUGAUGUAGCUUCUGCUAUUGAGGACUUGUUGGAGCAGACAAGUAAGAUUCAUGAUCAGAAGUCACCAGGGAGGAGUUUGUGUGAUAGCAGUAUUUUUUCGCCGGAUUGUUCGGCUCUUCGUCAAGACCACUCUGAUUCUCACUCCGUCAUUGGAUUAUCGAGACACUGGUUAAACAGGGCUGGGAAAAAAGAUGACAUCCACGAUCCUUCUGGAGAACAAAAAGCUGGCUUUUAUGAUGGCUUUAGUGAAACACAGACCGAGUCUCAGGUUGUAGGCUAUGAGGAAGAUUUGUCGGGCCGGCAAAUGCUUAUAGACAGAGUUCGAACCCGUAGUAGCCUGGCUUGA